GAUCGGAAGAACAUGCUCCAGAAGUUCGCGGGCCCCGAUUUCAAGAGGACGGCCACCGUCAUCAUGGGCGAGCCCACCGCGGAGUUCAAGGCAAAGGUCCAGGAGAUCACGCUCGCGGCCAAGCAGGCGGAGGCCAACAAGGAGAAAAAGAAGAAGGCCCAGGAGGCGGAGCGCAAGCGGGCUCUGGAGGAGAAGAAGAAGAAGGCCGAGGAGGCCAAGAAGGCCAAGCUGGCCGCCCAGAAGAAGAAGGACGGCAAAGCGGAGGAAGAGGAGAAGGCCGAAGAGCCAGCAGAGGAGCCGAAGGAGGAGCCCGCGGAGGAGCCCAGCGCCCCCGUGGAGCUCACCGAGGAGGAGAAGAACAUGUGGUUCCGCAAGGGCGAGAUGCCGGACAUGGGCGAGAAGGCCCUGGCCAAGUUCUACGCACAGUUCUCCCUGCCGACCACGGCGGACGGCUUCGACUCGGUCUCCUACGCCUGGCAGCCAGAGGCGGCGUGCGCUGAGCACCUGAAGGCCUGGGUCUUCGAGAGGAAGAUGACCCAGCGCGUGGAGGACCUCCAGCCCGGCGAGUCCUUCAAGGAGGAGUGGAGCAAGUGGCAGAAGACCGUGCAGGAGUGGAGGAAAAAGCAGGGCGAAUGGAGGGAUCCCAACAAGCGGAAGGCGAUGGUGGCCAAGAAGAAGGAGGAGGCGAAAAAGAAAAAGGAGGAGGCGGGCGAGGAGGCCGCGGAGGAGGCGGCAGAGCCGAUGGAGAUCAACGCGGAGGACAUCGACGCGAUGGAGGUGGAGGACGUCACGGACCUGGGCAACUGCGAGCCGCUGUUCGCCAAUUUCGUGUACGAGGAUUGGACGCUGCUCAGCCUGCGCUACGAGUUCAACCUGCUGCUGCACUCCUUCAAGAAGGACCUCAACGACCCAGAUAGGCCAGGCUUCAAGGAGGAGCACCUCCCUUUCUAUUACACGAAGUACUUCAAGAAGACGUUCACUCUGAAGAACUAUGGCAUCGAGAAAAUCGCAGACUUCGUAGAGCUCGUCAAGGAGAACGUGACCAUCAACGAGAAGACCGGCUUCUUUGAGCCCGUGCUGGAGCUGGACGCGGCGCCGGCCCAGUUCGUGAGGCUCACGGAGGAGCACCGCCGCGAGAGGGCGCGCCGCGUGGACGCAGGUGACGAGACGGCGAAGCUCAAGUUCACCCGCCCCGCGCCGCCGGCCAAGCCGCAGGGCGCGCCCCCCGGCGGCGGCGGCAAGGGCGGCGGUGGCGGCAAGGGCGGCGGCAAAGGAGGCAGCUACGGCAGCUCGUCCUAUGCCGGCAACUCGUCCUACUCGGGGGGCCAGGGGGGCUACAAGCGGCCCGCGCCGCCGUCGGCGCCGCCAGCUCAGCACUCCAAGUACGCGCGCACAGGUGGCGGAGGCGGCAGCGCGUACGACAGGGGCAGCUACGGCGGCAGCGCGUACGACAGGGGCAGCUACUACAGGCGCUAG